GCCGAAGCGAGAGGAGGAUACGGAAGAGCGCGCCAGCCAGGGAGUUCAACCUUCUUCUUCUGCAGUGUCUGAACGUCCCAUCUUUCGCCUCCUCCGCCUCCCCCUGCCGUGUCUGUCUGGCUUCACUCCAUCCUCCACCCCUCCUCCUUCCUCCCUCCUUCCUCCCUCCCUCCAGUGAAGGCAUGGACAGAUAGCGCGCGACAAAAGGUAGAGAGAGCAAGUGGAGAGACACAGAGGAAGUGUGCACACGUUCCGGCUCUGAGGAGCGAGAGGAAGAGGAGAGGAAGAAGAGUCACCGCCUGCAUCGUUUCUUUUCUGAAGAUGAGGGGAACGAGCGAGAAGGAGAAGGUCUGAACGUUUUUGCCAUCUGCACUCUGAGCUCAAGCCGGUCCAGCCAGUUUCAUGCGGUGAUGCCAUUUCCUGUCCAGAUGGAGGUGAAUGCAGCAGACAAACGGCAUCGAACGAGAUCCAAAGGAGCGCGAGCCAUCGUGGAGGCCGUGACGCAGGAACUAUUCAGCUGUCCAACGGCAGGCUGCGACGGUUCCGGUCAUGUCAGCGGCAAGUACGCCAGACACCGCAGCGUGUACGGAUGCCCACUGGCUAAGAAGAGGAAGGCUCUAGAAAAACAACCGCUGGAGCCACCCACCAAGAGGAGAACCUUUAUCGCCUCCUGCCUGGGUGAGGAGGACGAGGAGGGGGACGAGUUGGAAGACGAGUUGGAGGACGAAGAUGCCAACUACCACGAUGAAGGUUUAGAGGAGGGGGAGCAAGGAGAAGUCAUGGAGGACGAAGACCACGAGGACGGACAUGAGAGGGGCGAGGAGGAGGAAGAGGAGGAUGUCAGGGAUGAGGAAGAGGAGUUCUAUGAUGACAACGAGGAGGAAGAAGAGGAGCAGCCCGAGGAGGACGCCAUGCUGGCAGGAGCGCACAACGAGAUGGAGGACGAGGAAGAGGAAGAGGAGGACCUCAAUCAUCAGCAGGUUGACUACCAACCAAGUGGACAAUCAAAGCUUAUUCCGCUCCAUAAGGACGACAACAAUAACCACAGUUGUACCGCGGGUCCUAGUCCCGUUUUUAGCCCAGGUCCUGGUACCGGGCUCGGUCCCUGCGAUGAGUUUGAGAACUAUGAUGAGCUGGUGGCCAAGUCUCUACUCAACUUGGGCAAGAUCGCAGAAGACGCGGCGUACCAGGCCCUGACUGAGUCUGAGAUGAACAGCAACUCGUCUAACAGCGGCGACGAGGACGACGAAGACGGCAGCGAGCGUGGCGAUAGAAAGGCCGACCUCAGCGUGGACCUGGACAGUGAUGUGGUCAGGGAGACGGUGGACUCGCUCAAGCUCCUGGCGCAGGGCCAUGGCGCAGUGCUGCCCGACGACGGCUACACCGACGUCGGCCUCAACGGGCGCGCCAGCAUGGGAGGCGGCGGCGGCCACGCCGAGGAGAGCGAGGAGGAAGUGUGUCUCAGUAGUCUGGAGUGUCUGAGGAAUCAGUGCUUUGACCUGGCCCGCAAACUCAGCGAGACACACCCGGCCGAUCGCCCCGCGCACCACCAUCAACUGCACAACCAUGCCGACCAGCAGGGGGGGCUCCACCUCAACAGGUACGACGUUUGCCAGUCGGGAUGUCAGGAUGACUGCAGCCCUCCCGAGCGUACCUUCUCCGACAUGGUGAACCUGCUGAAGCUGGAGGAGCAGCUGAGCCCGGCGUCCCGAGGUUACCCGACCAGCUGCAGCCAGGAGGGUGACGAGGACACCACGUCGGUUGCCUCGGAGCGCUCCGACGAUACCUUUGACAUGGCCAAGGGGAACCUGUCGCUGCUGGAGAAGGCCAUCGCGCUGGAGUCGGAGCGUGCCAAAGUCAUGAGGGACCGCCUGGUCUCGGAACACAAGCACCCCAGACGAGACCACCACCACCAUCUUCAUCACCACCAUCACCAGCACCACCGCGGACAUGGAGAGCACAGGCUGGGUGGAGGCGAGGAACGCAAGUCGAGGAUGCAUCACGACAGCCUUAAGAGGGCCUACAACCCCAAAGAAUCCUCGCGAGGGGAGAAGAAGGAGAGCAAGUGCCCGACGCCGGGCUGCGACGGCACGGGUCACGUGACCGGUCUGUACCCGCACCACCGCAGCCUGUCCGGGUGUCCUCACAAAGACCGCGUACCCCCUGAGAUCCUUGCCAUGUAUGAGAAUGUUUUAAAGUGCCCGACCCCCGGCUGCUCUGGACGGGGUCAUGUCAAUAGCAACAGGAACUCGCAUCGCAGUCUAUCGGGUUGUCCAAUUGCGGCGGCCGAGAAGAUGGCAAAGGUGCACGAGAAAAGUCACGUGAUCGACAGUGGCGGCAGCAAGUCCAAUCAGACGUCAGACCGCGUCCUCAGGCCCAUGUGCUUCGUGAAGCAACUGGAGAUUCCUCAGUACGGAUACAAGAACAACGUUCCCACCAGCACGCCGCGCUCCAACCUGGCCAAGGAGCUGGAGAAGUACUCCAAGACCAGCUACGAUUACAGCGGCUACGAGGGUCAGCACGGUGGCUACGGCAGGAGGGGCCCGCUCGGCAAGUCCCACCGUGGUCGGGAUACCUCCCCCAAGGCGUAUGAUGCCAAGCGUUACAGUAAAACGUCGAGCCCGGCCAGCAGUACUACCAGCAGCUACGCUCCCAGCAGCAGCAGCAGCAGCGGCGGCGGGCCAGGCGGCGACGUCGGCGGCGACCUGGGCGGCGGCUUGGCUCUGGGCGGCGACGGCAGCCACGGGGGCGGUAGCAGCGCCAGCAGCACGUGCAGCAAAAGCAGCUUCGACUACACGCACGACAUGGAGGCGGCGCACAUGGCCGCCACCGCCAUCCUCAACCUGUCCACCAGGUGUCGCGAGCUUCCGCACACUGUGGGAGGAAAAACACACAGCAUGAUGACGCAGAGCGCGGUGGGCGACCUGGAUGACGAUGAUGGCGACGGUGUUGACGUGGGCGGGCAGCCCGGCGGGCCCGAGGGCAGCGAGACGGUGCUGACACCCCUGCAGCCGAUGUCCCCACAGCGCCAGGCCCUGCUCAACAGCCACCGAUACCAGCUGAGCCAGGCCGACUGCUGGGACCUCCCGCUGGACUACACCAAGAUCAAACGUGUGGACGAGCACCAACACAAGGAGUCGUCUUCUUUGUGGUCCUUACACCAGGGCAACGAGCUGGAUGCCUUCCACGAGCUGCUGGACGAGCAGCACUACCCGGCGGAUUUAAGCGGUUCGCCCAGCCCCAAGCACCACAAGUACUCGCCCUGCAAGGAGGCCAAGAAGGAGCUCCUCACGCUGUCCAGCUGCCAGCUGGACAAGAACCUGAGAGGAAUGAUGGCCUCCAACACGCAAGAGCUCAGGUGUCCCACGCCCAGCUGUGACGGAUCGGGCCACAUCACGGGAAACUACGCCUCCCACAGGAGCCUGUCCGGUUGUCCUCGAGCCAAAAAGAGCGGCAUCAAAAUCCUCCACAGCAAAGAAGAUAAAGACGAGCAGGAGCCCAUCAAGUGUCCGGUGCCAGGCUGUGACGGCCAAGGUCACGUUACCGGGAAGUACGCCUCCCACCGCAGCGCGUCGGGCUGCCCCCUGGCGGCCAAACGGCAGAAGGACAGCUAUGUGAACGGCGCUCAAUUGGCCUGGAAGUCCAGCAAGACGGACGGCAUGACAUGUCCCACGCCGGGCUGCGACGGCUCGGGCCACGUCAGCGGAAGCUUCCUGACCCACCGGAGUCUCUCCGGUUGUCCCCGGGCCACCUCGGCCAUGAAGAAGGCAAGGAUGAGCGGUGUGGAGAUGCUGACAAUCAAGCAGAGAGCCAGCAAAGGCAUUGAAAACGACGAAGAAAUCAAACAGCUAGACGAAGAAAUAAAAGACAUCAACGAGUCCAACAAUCAAGUGGAGUCUGAUAUGAUUAAACUGAGGACGCAAAUCACCACGAUGGAGAGCAGUCUGAGGUCGAUGGAGGAGGAGAACAAGGUGAUCGAGCAACAGAACGACUCACUGCUGCAUGAGCUGGCCAACCUCAGCCAGUCGCUCAUCAACAGCCUGGCCAACAUCCAGCUGCCGCACAUGGAGCCGAUGAACGAGCAGAACCUUGACACGUACGUGAACACUCUGACGGACAUGUACACCCACCAGGACCAGUACACAAGCCCGGAGAACAAGGCGCUGCUGGAGAACAUCCGACAGGCCGUGCAGGGCAUCCAAGUGUAGCUCCGCCGAUAAUGCCAACACCACCACAAACAAACAAAGGUUGUUAUUAUUUUGUUUUGUUUUUUGCUGCUGCUGUAACCUACCGUCGCUCCGCUGUCACAUUUACACCAUCACCACUUUAGAUUUUUUUUUUUAAAUCACCUCACUUUGUUUGGAUCAAACAUCCAACUUUUGUACAUUUUCAUACGACCUGAUAAAAUGUGACGUAUAGCUGCUAAUGUAUUUACCUAUUUAUUGAUUGAUUGAUUGAUUGAUGGUCAACGUGAAGAGCAAUCAAAACACGAGAGAAGAGUUCAAACAUCAUCACACGGAAACGCCAAGUGAACAAGUGUAGGAGACAAUCUGCCAUUGAUUGAUUGAUUGAUUGUUUGAUUGGUUAAUAAGCCACGUGGAUGAGCUGGUAGGACAGCAAUAUUGGCAUGAUUUAUUCAGAUGCAAUCUAUAUUUAAAAAAAAAAAAGUUUGGGUAUAUGCAAUUUCUUAUAAAAUCAACGAUCAUUGAUCACCGAUUGAUGUUUUUACUGGUUUUGUAUCCACUUUUACUACAAUCACGUUGAAGGUGAACACACAGGGACGCCUUUGUUUUCAUGUUUUGAUGUUUUGCUUACCGUGUGUGUGUCUGCGUGUAGAUGGCAGGCGGGCGGCUGGCUGGACUUACAGGGUCACACACACACACACCUCAUUGUACAUUUGCACUGGUCGUCCUCUCAGCAGACUUUUUUUCUGACAUGCAUGCACUUUACUGGGGCUCAUCGGAACACAAUGAGCAAAAAAAUAAGUUUUUAAAAAGUGUACAGUGUUGACUUGGGCAUUCGGAGAUUGAUAUGUGGAGGCAAAACACACACAUUGGCUAUUCAUUCCCUCAUCGUGAAUCACUAUACAGUGGUGCCCCGACAUUAAGAUUUUUUUCCAGACUAGAGGCGUCGUUGGGCUGAUUUUUUUUUCCUCCGACUUAAGGGCAAAAAUUCGAGAUACGAGUGCUGUGUGGUGGCAAUGAACUCUAUUGAACUCACUUUACAACAAGCAGCAAUUUGGCAGAUAAUGAACGACUCGUCAAAAAAGAAUACCACUGAAGUUCAAAACUAAACAUAAAACAAAGCCAAUUACACCUUGUGUAUUUAAAACCACACACCUUUGCCUCCUGUUUGUCUAAUGCUAACACAGAAUGUAAAACGCCAUAGUCGGGCUAAGGAAUAGCAUUGAUAGUCGCGGUGAUAUAAUGCUCUAAGCAAUGGAUAUUUGAACACAAACGGUGCAGCAACACAUGUAGACAGACAUUAUAACAAUACAAGUAGGCGUAGGCUCCUAUCAGACGUUGACGGUAUGAUAACUGUGAGCAAAAAAAUUGCACAGUAACAGUAUUUCAAUGCAGCUCUAAACUGUAUUAUUUUGAAAUGUUUUGAUAAAUAAGAAUUUUAUUGGUAAGCGUAAAAACAAAAGAGCGGUUUUGAAAGUGUGACUUUUUAAAAGUGGGGUAUACCUUGAAACCAGUAACCGGCGCAUGCCUAUUCACAGACAUAUAGUUGUUGUCCUCUGCAAAAAAUGACUAACAUUACUGCGGUUUACUGAGUCAUUUACAGUUUAGGUGAAAGUCUUCUUCGUUUGUCUGCAGAACUGUAUUAUACUGCCCCUCGGUGGUCCAGUUCAGUUGCGCAGGGAGACGCAAUGAAUCAAUCAUGAUGCAUAAAUUGUUUAAUUCUUUACCUUCUAUUUAAUAAUGCUGUGACUAUAUAUUUUUUUUAUAAAGUAUGAUAUUAUAGAGUGCUACUUUCCUUAUGAGAAACAUAAAUACCGUAUUUUCCGGACUAUAAAUCGUUCCGGAGUAUAAAUUGCACCAGCCCAAAAAUGCAUAAUAAAGAAGGAAAAAACCUAUAUAAAUCGCAUUUUUGGGGGGAAAUGUAUUAGAUAAAAUCCAACACCAAGAACAAACAUUUCAUCUUGAAAGGCAAUUUAAAAUAAAAAUAGAAUAGAGACAGUCCCUUACAAGUUUCUCGCUCACUCCAAACUUUCUUUAUGCUGCUAGAUUACCGUUUUCGGCUGCACAUUUCACUACUUGCAGCUUGUAAUCUGCUGAAUAUGAUUUCAGUCCUUCUCAGUUGUUUUUAUAAAUUACCGCUAAUGUUGAAAUUAGCAAUUUUCUGAGGUACAGCAGUAGCAGGUACAGAUACACAGGCCUAGAACGCCCUCUUGCGGUUGUCAGUGUGAAAAUAACGUGAAAUUGCAUAAUAAUGUGUUAAUAAUUUCACCUAUAAAUCGCUCCGGAGUAUAAGUCGCACCCCUGGCCAAACUAUGAAAAAAACUGCGAUUUAUAGUCCGAAAAAUACGGGAUUUUUGUUGGACAUUUUGGGGAGGCUGGAAGGGAUUCAUGGCAUUUCCAUACAUUUGAGUGGGGAAAGAUGAUUUAAGAUGCAUGUUUCUGCGUUACAAGCGUGGCCACAGAACGAAAACCGCAUCUCAAAGCACCACUGUAUAGUGAUUUUUAUAUAAUGGACUUUAUAGCUACCAGUAAAAAAAUCCCUUUGUAGUGAUUAGGGAGUAGAAAAUGAUGAAUGAUUCCGAAUCCUGCGUUCGGAGUCAUUCACCAUUCCCUACUCCCUAAUCACUAUAUACUCAUUUUUGCAUACUCCAGUGAACGAUAUAGUUUAACGGUUAAUAGCAUACUCCCUAAUCACUAUAUAGGUAUUUUUAUAUCGUGGACAAUAUAGUUAACCCAUCAGCGAAAUUAAAAAAUAGUUUUAGAAUGCUACUCGGGCGCCUUCAACGACGUCAUUGUUGUCGCAUAAUUACAACGUACCGAAACAACGUCAGCUGGUGGACCUUCCAUGAUAAAUAUUAAAGAAAUCAAUAAAUUAUAAUAACAUUGUUUUAAGCUGACGGUAUCUUACAAAAUAAAUACAAACAAAGCACUUUAUGUCCAUGCGUGUUGUGAUGUACUUGUUGCUCGACUUAUAUUUGAGAGAUUUUCGCGCCACAACUCAUGAAUUUGUCUCGUGCCAAAAAUCAAACAAUACCACGGAAAAUUAUUUUUCUGUACCGUGUACACUAUAUAGUGGAUACUAGGGAGUGAAGCUCCAAUACAGCUUUUGUUCACCUUCUUUGCAUUGAAAACAACCCAAAAAGUAUGAUUUUUCUCCAAGAAAUAUGUGAAAUUAUCAACAAAAGACCCCUUAACAUUUUUCAAAUGAAAGCAAGUGCACAAAGACAGCAAAUGUACCCUUUUAUAACAAUCAGCACCUCAUUUUUAAUAUCCUUUUGUGUGUAUUUUGCAUUAUUACAUUAUUUCGCAGGUGUCCCAAGCACUUCCGAGAACAUUGUUGGAAUUAUUUGAAUGUUAAAAGAUGAAUCCUGUUUCUUCAGUGUUGAAUAAUGAAACUAUGAACUUGCGGUUACUGCUGCCAACCUUCAGUGGGAGCUUGUGAAAUAUGGAUUAUGGCCUACUAGGGAAUGGAAAGCCAUUUGAGCAAGAGUUUCAUAUCCAGUUUAAGGUCCAUGCACUAGUGUGCUCUUUGUCCUCACACCAAAAUUUAAAUUUAUGAGUUUGAUGUAGGGAUGUCCCAAUCACUUUUUUUUUUUUUUUUUUUUUUUUGGUCAUUCGGUUUUGAGUAUCUGCCGAUCUCGAGUCCUGUCCAAUACCUCGCCAAUGCAUUAAGAAGAAGAAAAAAGAAAUGACAUCCAAAUUGUCUAAAGUGUCUUUGUUUUUAUUUAAUUAGAUUUAUUCAAGUAAAGUAAAACUAAGCUAUUGCUGCUUUAUUUGGCAAUAUCUUUGUACCUCAAGAUUAUUUUGUGGCUUUAUGACCUUCAAAAAUUAAAAAAUCUGAUCUUCUAUACCCGAUACUGAACAGGUGAUAAUUACUUGAUCAGCCCCGAUUUCCGAUCACGUGAUUGGAUCGGGACUACUCUAGUUUUAAGUUAGAUUUUUUUUGGGGGGGUGGUGGGUAUACAAUCAAUUGAACAUCAAAAAGCAGUGAUAAAUGUACUUGUCGAGCAGAAAUGUUGAUAAUUCCGUGUCGCUUCUAAUUCCUAACAGCUGGUUGAGGUUCCUUUGCUCUACUUACAUUGGGCAUUUUUUUUUUUAUCGUUUCACUUUUUUAAAUUGUUUCAGCAAAGCUUCUAGUAGGACAACUACUAGUCGCACUAGUGUGCAGAAAUCAUCAUAUCAAGUCAUACGGUUGUGGAAAAAAACUUUACUAGUAAGACACAGUCAUUCUGCUAGUGCGCUGAAUUGUCUUACUAGUGAGGACAAAGAGUGUGCGUACAUGGACCUUAAGGUGGCUCAAGAAAAUCUAAUUAAAGCUCACAUGGCUUGUCAUUCUCGAGGGUCUGAUAAUCAGCAUUGAAGAGGACACAAAGCAGCAAACUGGAAAAAGAACAUGUUCCCCCCCCCCUCUUAUUGGGAUGUGAAAGCUUGACUGAGUGACUUCCUGCUGACGAGCUCCAGCUUGUGUUGACUUCUUUAGGCAGCAAGAAGUUCUUCAAAUUAAUCCCAGGAGGAGAUGAAAGCACAAUUCAAAGACAGACGCUAGACUAGAUGUUGAUCACAUGUACAAACUACUGACCAUGAAGAAAUGCAUAUGAAUAUUUGUGAAAUGCUAAUUUUCUUUUGCAGGAGUGCAUUCAAAGAGUUUUUUUAAAAUGCAUCGCUCCUUUUUUUGUUGUUCCUUUUGUCACUUGGAAGCAUCUGGUGACUUUUCUUAGUACAUGGCAUGAGUUCUUUUCAUCUUUUCGGCUGCGUGUUGAGCUCAUGCGUUGCUACACAUGCUACUUUCAUUGGAAUGGUGAUUUUUUUUUUAUUAUUAUUUAUUUAUUUAUUUAUUUUAAUCUUGACAGUGUUUGGCAUCUCUUGCUCUUCUGAAUAAAUCUUGUGUUGCAA